CACUGGGCCCGAUCUUGAAUUUUAACUAUAGUGUUUUGUGAAAAAUAAUCUAGUCCAGAGUCUACAGAAGACUUGUUUGUUUUGUUUAUUGAACCCGCCUUGAGGACUUUAUUGAUCACAUCUAAAUCUGCAACAUACACAACAACAUGGACAAAUUACGCCGCGUUCUGAGUGGAGAUGAGCCCACGCCGGAGGAGGAGAGCAGCAUCAUCACCCAGAUUAACGAAAUGUCCACAUUGAGCUGGUCCACACGCAUCAAGGCAUUCUGCAUCUGCUUUGUCUUGGGUAUUUUCCUUUCCCUUUUGGGAUCCAUUGCCCUAUUUCUGCACCGCGGAAUUGUGGUUUUUGCGGUCUUCUACACACUGGGUAACAUAAUCUCCAUGGCCAGUACAUGCUUCCUGAUGGGUCCAUUUAAGCAGAUAAAGAAAAUGUUUGCCGAUACUCGUCUGAUAGCCACCUGCAUAGUGAUCGCGGCAAUUAUCAUGACGUUUAUUUCAGCCAUUGUGUUGAAAAAAGCUGGACUUACGCUUAUAUUCAUUAUCAUCCAAUCCCUGGCCAUGACCUGGUAUUCGCUAUCGUACAUCCCCUAUGCCCGGGAUGCGGUCAAGAAGACCGUGUCGGCCUGCUUUGAGGUGUAGAAUCGAUGGCACUGUACAUAGAUCGGUUUGUAACUUAAGCUAAGACAAUUAAAUCAUCUGUAUUAAUCUAGA